AUGCUGCCGAUCAUCGGUCCUCGACUCGCGGAGGCGAUGGAGGGGUUGAAUUCGCUCGUCAUUCCGGUCGCCUUGGCGUUCCUGGUCGUCAUCAUCGUGCAGUACUUGAGCUCCUCCCCCAAGAGGCAUCUCUAUGGAGUGCUUCUAGACGCGGGCACGCCCGGCCUCACCUACCGCCACGCGCACUUCCCCACGCUGCUCGAAAUCCCCUUUGACGGCGCCACCACCGUCGCCUCCCUCUUUGUCAUCGCCUCCCGCCGCCACCACCACCGCCCGCUCCUCGGCACGCGGAAAUUCCUCUCGCGAACAGUAAUCAACGAGGAGGGCAAGGAGAUUGAGAAGCUGGAAUUCGGGGAGUACGAGUGGGAGUCGUACUCUCGGGCGUUGGAUCGGGCGGAGGCGUUUGGCGGGGGGUUAAGGAAUGUGGGGCAUGGGCGCGGGGAGGCGGUGGCGAUAGUGGCGGAGACCAGGGCGGACUUUUAUCUUGCGCUGCAGGGGGCGUUUCAGCAGAGCCUGGUGGUGGUCACGGUGUAUGCGUCCCUGGGGCAAGAAGCUCUGGUGCACGCACUGAAUGAGACGGAGGUGACGACAGUGGUGUGCGACCACAAGCAGCUGGAGAAGCUGGAGGAGGCGUCCUCCAAGGGCGAGCUCAAGACAGUGCAGCGCGUCAUCAUGAUGCCCGAGCCUCGCCCCCUGUCCGAGGCCGGCCAGGGGCCCACCGAAGCAGAGGCUAAAGUGGCGACGGGUCAGCUGGCGCCAGGUGUCGCUCUGCUGGCGUUUGCUGACGUGGAGAAGAGCGGGGUUGAGUCGCCGGUAACGCCGGAGCUUCCCCAGCCGUCGGAUCUGGCAGUGAUCAUGUACACAUCGGGAUCAACUGGGCUGCCCAAGGGCGUCAUGCUAUCACACGGCAACCUGGUGGCAGUCUUUGCAGCCAUCAUGGCUCAAGUGCCCGAUGCCAAUUUCAACGAUGUGUACAUCGCCUACCUGCCCUUGUCACACGUGCUCGAGCUCGCAGCAGAGCUAGGGGCAGUAUCGGUUGGAGGAUCCAUAGGCUACGGGUCUCCUCUCACGCUCGUUGACAUGGCGCCCAAGGUCAAGCUCGGGACCAAGGGAGACGCACCUCAGCUGAGGCCGACGCUGAUGGUGGCGGUGCCGGCUAUUCUGGACCGCAUCAGGGAUGCUGUGAGACGCAAGAUAGCAGCAGCACCACGAGUCAGGCGCACGCUAUUCAACCUCGCGUACUCACGCCGCCUAGCGGCCAUCGAGGGCAGCUGGUUCGGCGCGUGGGGCGUGGAGCGGCUGUUCUGGGACCUGCUGGUGUUUAGAAAGGUGCGAGCAGCAGUGGGGGGGCAUCUGCGCUUCAUGCUGUCAGGAGGGGCGCCUCUCUCACCCGACUCGCAACGAUUCAUGAACAUUUGCUUCAACAUCCCAAUCAGCCAGGGCUAUGGGCUGACAGAGACAGCAGCGGGGGGGACUUUCUCAGAGUGGGACGACUCCUCUGUGGGCCGCGUGGGGCCGCCCAUCCCCUGCAACCUCAUUCGGCUGAUCGACUGGGAGGAAGGCGGUUACCGCACGACAGACCACCCGCACCCGCGAGGGGAGAUUCUGAUUGGCGGGCCGAACGUGAGCCUGGGGUACUGGAAGGACAAGGAGAAGACGGAGGAGGUGUUCUCGGAGGACGCGCAGGGAAUGAGGUGGUUUCGCACGGGGGACAUAGGGGCAGUGCACGCAGACGGGUGUAUCCAAAUCACGGACCGCAAGAAGGACAUUGUCAAGCUGCAGCACGGGGAGUAUGUCUCCCUCGGCAAGGUCGAGGCCGUGCUGCAAUCAGCCCCUCUCCUCCUCAAAUUCUCCCCCCCUUCCCUCCUUCCCUCCUUCCCUCCCUCCCUCCCUCCCUCCCUCCCUCCCUCCCUCCCUCCCUCCCUUCCUCCCCCCUCCCUCCCUCCCUCCCCCUCCCUCCCUCCCUCCCUCCCUCCCCUCUUCCCCACCCAACAACAGGAGGACGCACAGGGAAUGAGGUGGUUCCGCACGGGGGACAUAGGGGCAGUGCACGCAGACGGGUGUAUCCAAAUCACGGACCGCAAGAAGGACAUUGUCAAGCUGCAGCACGGGGAGUAUGUCUCCCUCGGCAAGGUCGAGGCCGUGCUGCAAGUCAGCCCCUUUGUGGACAAUCUGCUCGUCUUUGCCGACUCCACCAAGUCGUUUGCGGUCGCGCUGGUGGUGCCGGUGCCGGCUGCGGUGACGGAUUUUGCAAAGAGUCAAGGGAUUGAGGAGGAGGACUAUGCGAAGCUGUGUGCGAGAGAGGACGUGGUGGGGGAGGUGCUGAGAUGCCUGCAGAAGGUGCGUUUUUCUUAG